AUGGCAAAAUUCAGAGAUUGCUUGACGGACUGCCGUCUUGCUGAUUUGGGCUUCUCAGGCUACCCUUUUACUUGGGACAACAAACGAGAGGGUCAAGCUAAUGUACAGGCUAGACUAGAUCGUGCUACAGCAAAUGAUGACUUUAUUACCAUGUUUCCCCUAACGUGUGUAAAACACCUGAUCACAGAGGAGUCUGAUCAUAUGGCUUUACUUAUCAAAGUUGCUGCUGAGCCGGACAGCCGGCCUUGCUUGCAACCAAGGGGAUUUAUGUACGAGGAGAUGUGGACAAGGCACGCAGAGUAUGAUUCUAUGGUGAGGGAGGCGUGGCAAUUCACUGGCAGCCAUGGUGGAGGAAUUAGGGGUCUGUGGCUCCGGCUACAGGAAGUUUCUAAGACCAUGAAGGCCUGGAGCUAUAACACAUUUGGCUCUGUUCGGCAAGAGAUUAGAAGGUUGAAGGAGGCGCUUGAAGACGCUAAGAUGCAUGCUAUUGUCGCCGAUCCCUCACCGGAGGUUCGGAACAUGGAGCGUCGUCUCCAUGAGAUGUAUGAGACAGAGGAAGUAAUGUACAAGCAGCGUUCAAGGCAAGACUGGCUCAAGGAGGGUGAUCGGAACACUAGAUAUUUUCAGAAUAGAGCAACGCACAGGCGUAGAAAGAAUACAAUUAAAUUUCUGAAACGUCCUGACGGUAGUCGUUGUGAUACUGAUGAAGGAAUGCGGAGAAUGGCACAGGCCUUCUACGCCGACUUAUACAGGUCUGAAGGAUCAUCUGAGAUGGAUCGUAUUUUAGAUCAGAUUCCUGGCUUUGUCACUGAACAGAUGAAUCAAUCUUUGACGGCUGUGGUAUCGGACAAAGAAAUAGAGGCAGCUUUAUUUCAAAUGGGUCCAACAAAGUCUCCGGGACCUGAUGGGCUUCCUGCCCUUUUCUUCCAACGCCACUGGGCGGACGUCAAAGAGGCCGUGAUUUCUGCGGUCAAGGAGUUUCUGGCAGGUGAAGAAUGUCCUCCCGACUUCAAUGAUACAGUCCUUGUCCUAAUACCGAAGGUAAAUUCGCCGGAAUCGCUGGUCCAAUUCCGUCCCAUUAGCCUGUGCAAUGUGCUAUAUAAAAUUGCGUCGAAAGUGUUGGCGAACCGCUUGAAGAGGAUUCUCCCAAUUCUUAUUUCGGAGGAACAGAGCGCGUUUGUCCCUGGAAGACUAAUCACGGACAAUGUGUUUAUAGCUUAUGAGUGUACUCAGGCCAUUCGGACGAGGAAACGGAAGACGCCGCUGUGCGCGGUAAAAUUGGAUAUGGUCAAAGCGUACGAUCGGGUAGAGUGGAUAUUUCUGGAGAAGAUGAUGCAGAAGCUAGGGUUUUCUCAUGAAUGGAUCAGAAUGGUCAUGACGUGCAUCACCUCGGAGAGGUUUAGGGUCAAGCUAAAUGGGGGACUUUCGGAUGGGUUUGUCCCGACCCGAGGACUAAGGCAAGGGGAUCCGAUCUCGCCCUACUUAUUCUUGUUCUGCGUUGAGGGGUUUUCGGCGCUGCUAAAACAAGCACAACAUGAGAACCUUCUGAGAGGAGUUCAGUUUGGUGUUAGUGGCCCGCAUAUUACCCAUCUCCUGUUUGCCGACGACAGCGUCGUAUUUCUGGAGGCAACCACUACUAGCAUGCAAACUCUGAGGCGAAUUCUGCAGGACUAUGAAGUUAGUUCAGGACAAAAAGUAAAUCUCCAGAAAUCUUCUAUGUUUUUUUGUAAAGGAUGUAAGGAGGAGGUCAAAGAAAGUCUGAAGGAAAUUAUGGGGAUUGCGGCGGAAGCUCUAUGGGAGAAGUACUUGGGCUUGCCAACUGUUGUAGGGAGAUCCAAGGAAGGCUGUUUUAAGCACCUGCGGGAGAGGACGUGGGGAAAGGGAUGGAGGAUGAUCACGCAACCGGCCUCUUUGUGUGCACGAGUGCUUAAAGCCAGGUAUUUCAAAGAUGGGGAGUUCUUGACAGCAAGCUGUCCUAAACGAGCAUCAUAUACCUGGAGUGGAAUUAUACACGGGAGGCAAUUAUUGAAGGAGGGAAUUAUCUGGAGGAUAGGUGAUGGCUCAUCUAUUUCGGUCAGUAAGGACAAUUGGAUACCAAGAGUUGGGGCGAAGCGUCCACUGGGACGGCGGGAGGAGAGUUGCCCGGACAAGCUGAGCGAUUUUAUUUCAGAGGAAGGGGGCGAGUGGAAUGAAGAAAUGGUCAAGCAACAUUUCUUUGACUUGGAUGUUGCAGAUAUUCUUUGCACCCCGGUUGGUAAACCGAAUUCACAUGACUUUGUGGCAUGGAAUCAUACGAAGAAUGGUAUCCUCUCCGUGAAGUCUGCAUAUCACCUGGCUGUUCAGAGGAAAAGAGACCGAAGUGGAGCUGCUGAAUCCUCAAGUUCGGUGGAGAAGCACAAGGGCUGGCUUGCCUUAUGGGCGGCGCAAGUUCCAGGGAAGAUUAAGGUGCACAUGUGGCGGCUGAUUGAGAAUGGUCUAGCGGUGGGAUCCGAGCUUAGUCAUAGGAAGAUUAAAGACGGCGUGGGUUGGAUACUAGAUUGGAUUGGAAAAGUGAAUGAUGAUCAGAUGGCCUGGGCGUUCAAUCUGAUAUAUAACCUCUGGCUGGCUCGGAAUGAUGCGAGGGAAGUACAACGGAUACAGGAUCCGGGACAAAUUGUUCAGAAAGUCGUAGCUGCUGUGGAGGAAUGGAGAAACCUUAAGGCUGUCGCACCGCGCCCAACGACCAGAGUGGUGGAACGGUGGAGAGCUCCAGAAGCGAGCUGGGUCAAGGUGAACACUGAUGGAGCGUACCGGCAAAGCGAAGGCAACGGAGGGGGAGGUGUGAUUAUCAGAGACCACCAUGGUAGCUUCAUCGCGGGAGCAUGCCAUUUUUUAACCCAUGUUGCUGAUGCGGAUAGGGCGGAGCUUCUGGCGUGUAGACGAGGCCUGAUGCUGGCGAAGGAGAUACAAGCGUCGAAGGUGAUCCUGGAAACGGACUCUACAGGGGUUAUGGCCAAGCUGCGGAAAGAGGAGAAGGACCGAUCAUUUCAUGGUCCACUUGUGGAGGAAAUCAAGGAGCUUACGCUAGGCUUCGAGAAUUCCUCCGUGGUUGCUGUUACACGGACAGCUAAUGGAACCGCGCAUGAUUUAGCGAAAGAGAACGGCCACCACCAGGGCCUCGACCACCUCCAGGCCUCCCCCAACUCUCCCCACACCUCGACCUCCUCCCAUCAUCUUGACAACCUCCACGAACAAUCUCCUCCCUUCUACGGCUCCCCACAAAUCUGA